CGCCAUAUUGGAACCCGUUCUUCCGCCAGGGAGGCCUCGGAGGCUCUGCCCGGCCCCAGUCGCCCUGUCAUCCAUCCCGAGUGCGCGAGCCUCCCCGGAAGCCGGAUAUGCUACUGUGUAGAGAUCUUUGUACAACAGAACCUAGGAUCAAGGCACACCAACUCUCAUGAUUCCUUCCAUUCACCUUGUCUUCCAACUGUAAUUCCGUAGUCUCCUGUCUGUCUCCAGGAACAAAGAAAAUGAAUACCACUGUGGGGAUGGUGUCCUUCGAGGAUGUGUCCGUGGACUUCACCUGGGAGGAGUGGCAGGACCUGGAUGAUGCUCAGAGGAUCCUCUACAGGGAUGUGAUGCUGGAGACCUACAGAAGCCUGGUGUCCUUGGGGCACUGCAUCGCAAAACCUGAGGUGAUCUUCAAGCUGGAGCAAGGUGCUGGGCCGUGGACAGUAGGCGAAGCCUCACACCAGCGCCUCCCAGAUGUCCAGAAAGUGAAUGGCCUGAAUGAGAUCAGCCAGGAAAAGCAAGAGAGGCAUUUCUGGCAAAUUGUACUCCCCAACAGCAGCACCUCAACUGAGGAGAGGUUCACAUUAGGAACAAAGUUUAACUUGAGCUCAAAGCAGGUUUCAAGUCCAGCUCCAAAGAGUGGGCCAGAGGGGCUUAAUGUGUGGCAGAAGGAGCUUCUCCCUAGCAAGCCUGAGGAGGUGCAGGAUGGAGAGGAGCCUAGUGGUCUUAACAUUCCUGAGAAGCCCCCCAGGCAUCCUGAUCAAAGAAGUCUACUAAAGGUUCAAAGUAGGCAGCAGCAGUUCCAUCACGGUGGACAGGGGAAAUCCUUCACAGUGAAGGCAUUGUGGACACUGAAGAAGCUUCAUGUGGGAGAGGCCUCCAGCACACUCAGUGGAGGUGGAAAAACCCUGGAUAAGGUGGCACUUACUGCCCAAGAGAUGACUCAGGUAAGAGAGAAAACUUCAGAAUGUAAUAUGUGUGGGGAAACUUUCUGUAAAAACUCUAAAGUCAAUGCACAUAAGAAAAUACAGAGAAGACUGAAAUGUGAUGAAUGUAGUGGUGGCAAGAAGCUAUUGGUUAAGAAGCCAUACCUUACGAAACUCCACAGGUCACAAUCAGAAUCAGAGGGAAAGCCCCAUACAGUCAAUGAAUGUGAGAACUUUUGUCAGAAGACACGACCUACUGGGCACCAGAGGACUCACAGAAGAGCAAGACCCUUUGAAGGUUACGAAUAUGGAAAGCACUUUCCCCAGAAGUCACACCUCAGCAGGCAUCAGGGAACUCCCAUAGGGGAGAAGCCCUAUGAGUGCAGUAUGUGUGGGAAAUCCUUUUCCCGGAAGUCCCACCUCAGCAGGCACCAGGGCACACACACAGGCGAGAAACCCUAUGGGUGUAAGGAAUGCUGGAAGACGUUCUACCAUAAGUCGUCCCUCACGAUUCAUCAGAGAACUCACACAGGUGAGAAGCCCUAUGAGUGUAAGAAGUGCAGGAAAAGCUUCUACUGUAAAUCAGAUCUCACUGUGCAUCAGAGGAGUCACACGGGUGAGAAGCCCUACACGUGUGAAGCCUGCAGGAAGACUUUCUACUCUAAGUCACACCUCACUGUGCACCAGAGAAUUCACACGGGUGACAAGCCUUAUGCCUGUAAGGAAUGCAGGAAGACUUUCAACCGCAAGUCUAACCUCACCGUGCACCAGAGAACGCACACGGGUGAGAAGCCCUAUGAGUGUGAUGUGUGCGGGAAAACCUUCUAUCAAAAGUCCCACCUCAGCACGCACCAGGGAACUCACACAGACGAGAAGCCUUAUGAGUGUGAGCACUGCAGGAAGGCUUUCCUUCACAAGUCAUCCCUCACUGUGCAUCAGAAAACUCACUCGGGCAGCAAGCCGUACACCUGUGAAGAGUGCAGGAAGACAUUCCUGCAUAAGUCUUCCCUCACCGUCCAUCAGAGGGCUCACACAGGCCACAAGCCCUAUGUCUGUGAGGACUGCAGGAAGGCUUUCUACUGCAAGUCACACCUCACUGUGCAUCGGAGAACCCACACAGGCGAGAAACCCUAUGAGUGCGGCGAGUGUGAAAAAGCCUUUCACCAGAAGUCAUACCUCAGCAGGCAUCAGAUGACUCACCAGAAUGAGAAGCAGUAUGAAUGUCAAGAAUGCAGGAAAACUUUCUACCGUAAGUCAUCCUUCACUGUCCAUCAGAGAACACACCUGGGGAAGAUGGCACGAAUAUGAUGUAUAUGGAGAGCUCUUCCACCAGGCAUCAGAAAAUGCACACAGGGGAAUCCUCCCACAGUGAGCAAGUGUGGGGACAGAGUUAGCGAGAAGGCACAUGUCAGCAGAUGCCAGGGAUGCCAGAGAGAGAAGUCCCCGCAGCAGGCUCUGUGGUCCCCAGAAUCCAGUUCUCUCUGGGGUGCUCAGCCUCCAGGGGGCGCCUCUCCUGUGUGGGCCCUGGAGCUGAGUUGCACAGCAGAAUGUGUACCUGUGGCAGUCAUUCCCCACAGCCCAGCCCAGCCCAGCCCAGCCCAGCCCAGAACUUCAUCAGGUUCUGCUCCCUGAGUUCUCAUGCAUCCUGGGCCUCAUGUGAGCAUGACAUACCAGGUGGCUGGCCUUGAGAGCCAGAGAUACAGGCACUGGGACUUAAGAGAAAUGUAAUUUAUUGGAGAGAGCAGAGGUCUUUCCACUUGUAUCCCAGAAUGCUCCAUUCUUAUUUCACAUGAGCAAGAAAUACUCUGUUGGACCAGUGCAUGAGCUAUUUGCAUUUCAUUGCAAACCCACUGUAGUUAAUUCACUUUAUAAAGUUUCUGAGAGAAGUUACCUCUCUUUUUAUAUUGCAAAAAUUCCCACAUGAGAGAAACCUGUACUGUCACCUUUGAUUCCCAAGUCAGCUUAUGGAAAAUAGGAACAAUCAUAUGGAAAAAUAACAAAUUGAGAAUGUCUUAUCAGGCAGGUAACUUUCAUGAACACUUUAUGAAUAAAGUAAACCUUCAUACAUUUCUUUAA